AUGGCUCACCUGAAGCCGCGCGUCACGAUGAGCGUCCUUCGCGUCGACGGCUUGGAUGGCGCUGCGGUCAGCUCUUCGCACGGCUACUACGUGAAGUUCCGCUGGCGCGGCGAAAAGUACAAGACCGAGCCCCAGAAGAAACUCGGCGCCUCGCUGCACUUUUCGUUCAACGUCCUCCUUCCCUUCCAAGCCGACGCCGACUCCCCCGUCCUCAGCAUGCAGCUGUGGGCCGCAGGCACCUUCUCCCACAAAAAGGUUGCAGAGGCCACGGUCGACCUCACCAAGGCCCCCGCAGACUCUCGCACAGUCUUCGCCUUUCCGCUCGCCGCGGUUAACUGCAAGAACCUGGGGGCCUCACCCGUGUUGGUCCUCGCGAUGCAGAUGCAGUACUUCGACGAGGCGGCCAACAAGGCCGAACUGCAGCAGCGCCUGGACCUGCACGCAGAGGAACAGAGACAGCGCCGCGCCUUCGAGCACCAGCAGACAGUUCUUGAACACCGUCUGCUCGCCGGAUGCCCGCCUCCUGUCGCCUCGCCCCCGCGUGUCUCCGACGCGCCAGCGACGAAUGGCUACCCCCGACCCGCCUUCGCACAACCCCAGGCGCCGCCGGCUUGCCCCGCAGCCCCCAACCCCCCGGCCCCCGCGUACCCCGCGUCCCCAGGGCCCUAUCCCAACUACCCCUACGCACCCCCGCCGCCAGGUGGGGCCUGCGGGCCCUACGGCCUCGUCGCGGUGGGUGCUGCGCCUCAGAGCACUGCAGCCUACGGGUUCGCCCCUGGAGGCUACUCUGGCGCGCCAGCCCCUGGGUGCUACAACCGGAAUCAGGGGACUUAUGGCGGGUCAUCGUACCCUUCACAGUAUGCGUGGGCCGCGCCGCAGCAGCUGGGGUGCGUCUCGGUACCCCCUGAGAGACCCCCGCCCAAGGAGCAGCAGGCCUCGCUCACGGCGUCGGGUCACUGGAAGGACGGGGACAUUCAAUACGUGAAGACGAUUCUCCCGCAGUGUUCCAAGAAAGAAAUCGAAGGGGCUUUGACUGAGGCAGGUGGGGACCGCGAGAAGGCUGUCGAUAUUCUGCUGAAGCGUCUGGUGGCGCAGGCUGCGGAGGCGAACGAAACCCACGUGCAUGACUUGGAGCAUCAGGCGGAGGAAGUUGCGCAGCAGCCGGCCGUCUCGUGGACCCAGUACUCUGCGGCCCCAGCGGCGCCCUCGUCCUACGGGCCCCCAGGCCCGAUGGUCCCUGUGGGUCACGCGCCCCCGCUACUGCAGGUUGCGCCGCAGCACUACGGCUUCACGCCUGCCCCGAUGUACGCGCAGGUCGGCAAGAUCCUCCCUUCAGGCCGGCGGAAGGCUCUGCUGAUUGGCAUCAACUACCGGGGGACGCGCGCGGAGCUGCGAGGCUGCGUGAACGACGUGCACCGCAUGAAGAAUCUGCUCUGCUCCAUUUACGGCUUCCACGACUCCAGCACCACCAUGGUCGUUUUGACCGACGACAACCCGAAUGCGCUCUACCGUCCAACGCGAAACAACAUGCUCAAGGCUAUGCGGUGGCUCAGCAUCGACAAUCGGCCGGGGGACUCGCUUUUUUUCCACUACUCGGGCCACGGCGGCCGGCAGGUUGACCGCAGCGGCAUUGAGCAGGAUGGCUACGACGAAACCAUUCUCCCCGUAGACUUCGACACAGCUGGACAAAUUCUUGAUGACGAGCUGCACGCGUUUCUGGUCCAGCCACUGCAAAACGGCUGUCGGUUGACGGCCGUGAUGGACUGCUGCCACAGCGGGACAGGCCUCGACCUGCCCUUCACUUGGAAUACACCGAAGUGGCGCUGGGACGAGGAGACGAAUCCCUUCUACGUCCUGGGGGACGUGCAGAUGUUUUCGGGAUGUGCGGACGAUGAGACCUCGGCUGAUUUGGCGGGGCACGAAGCCCGCGCCCCCGGCGGCGCCAUGACGACUGCCUUCAUCGCCGUCUUAACCGCGCGGCCCUUCGGUCACUCGUAUCCUUCGCUGAUGCAGGGCUUGACGGAAAGCAUGGUGUCUCGCGGUCUCUCGCAGCGGCCGCAGCUGACGUCCUCCCAAAAAUUCGACUUCAAUCGGCCAUUCAACUUGUCGGAUGUGAUUCCGAACCACAACAAAGUCCUAGGCCGGCAAAUUCGGCGGCGGCGGAAGCCGUUGCCUGAAGGUGCAGGCAUGCGUGGGCGCCCAGGCGCCGGCAUGGGCGACGUAGUCCUCCUCGCGGGCGCGGGGCUCGCGACCGGCCUGUUGGUUGGCUCGCUGCUGAGCGACUGA